GACCAGUCCUCCGGGCCGCGCGGACCCUGAGCAAGAUGCCUCGGCCGGGCCGCAACACGUACAGCGACCAGAAGCCACCCUACUCCUACAUCUCGCUGACCGCCAUGGCCAUCCAGAGUUCUCCGGAGAAGAUGCUGCCGCUUAGCGAGAUCUACAAGUUCAUCAUGGACCGCUUCCCCUACUACCGGGAGAACACGCAGCGCUGGCAGAACAGCCUGCGCCACAAUCUCUCCUUCAACGAUUGCUUUAUCAAGAUCCCGAGGCGGCCAGACCAGCCGGGCAAGGGCAGCUUCUGGGCGCUACAUCCCAGCUGCGGAGACAUGUUCGAGAACGGGAGCUUCCUGCGGCGCCGCAAGCGCUUCAAGGUGCUCAAGUCGGACCACCUGGCGCCCAGCAAGCCUGCGGACGCCGCGCAGUACCUCCAGCAGCAGGCUAAGCUGCGGCUCAGCGCGCUGGCCGCCACGGGCACGCAUCUGCCGCAGAUGCCGGCCGCUGCGUACAACCUGGGCGGUGUGGCGCAGCCUUCCGGCUUCAAGCAUCCUUUUGCUAUCGAGAACAUCAUCGCAAGGGAGUACAAGAUGCCUGGGGGACUAGCCUUCUCUGCCAUGCAGCCGGUUCCGGCUGCCUACCCGCUCCCUAACCAGUUAACUACCAUGGGCAGCUCUCUGGGCACCGGCUGGCCACAUGUGUACGGUUCCGCAGGUAUGAUCGACUCAGCCACCCCCAUCUCCAUGGCGAGUGGCGACUACAGCGCCUAUGGAGUGCCGCUGAAGCCGCUGUGCCAUGCCGCGGGCCAGACGUUGCCCGCCAUCCCAGUGCCCAUCAAACCCACGCCGGCCGCAGUGCCCGCGCUGCCCGCGCUCCCCGCACCCAUCCCCACUCUGCUCUCGAACUCGCCGCCUUCGCUCAGCCCCACCUCCUCGCAGACAGCCACCAGCCAAAGCAGCCCUGCCACCCCUAGCGAAACUCUCACCAGCCCGGCCUCCGCCUUGCACUCGGUGGCCGUGCACUGA